GAAGCAAAUGAAACCAUGGUGGAUCUGCUGAGCAGACUGCUGGACACAGACUGCCUGAACCUAUGUCACAGGGUAGUGGAUGGAAUCUGUGGACGAGAGCCUCCCCUCAGGGAUGAUUACAGCAACACCUGGAGCCUGCAGGAGUGGCUGGAGCUUCUCACUCCCUGAGAGCCCUGUUUCUGCCUGGCCAGUUUUCAGGUUCUCCCUGCCGGCUGUGUACAGGUGUUGGCCAUGUUGUCAGAUGUCGGUAGCCGCCAUGCAGAGGCCGUGCUGAGUGUGCUGAGAAGCAGACAGAGGAGAUCCGCCAUGCUCUGGCUGGACAGAACCAACUCUAUCUCCUCUGCUACUCUCCAGGACUUUGAGUGGCAGCUUAGGUGACUUAAAUUAGCGCUGUCCAGUGACAAGAUAUCAUCUCUUCACACACCACUGCUGAGUCUCAGUCUGGAUGUGAGAGAGAACGGAGCCCUCCAGCCUGUCACCAUGGAGUUGAACAGAGAGGAGCUAAGCAAGCUAAUCGGCUCACUAGAGGCUGCCAAUAAGGUGGUACUGCAGUUGAAUGAUGGCAAGAUGGCAACCACAGAACCACAAGUUGAUGUCAAUGAGAAUGAAAGAAAUUACAGCUGCUACAGACAGACAGUUUUUCUGAUGUAAUAUGGAUUGGAUGAGCUCUGUCUUUGUGACUUGGUCGUGCAUUAGCAGUGAAAAAGUCUCGUUAUGUUUUUGUAAUGCACUGUGUUGAAUAAAUGUUUCAUUUCCUUUUGAUUCUGAAUUUAA